AAAGCACCGGUUUUGUGACUGCUUGUCUUUUUCCACUUGUAGUGUACACACAACAAAACCCAUUUCAAAUCGUAUAGAGAAUGUGACUGAAGCAAUUUAAAUAAGAUUCCGUAAUGAAAUGAAGCCGGAAAAUUUAUUGGGUGUUGUGAUAUACUUGAACGUUAGUUUAUUGAUUGUAUUCGUGAAUUCGUCGAAUUCGAAAAAAGUGCCUGCCCUCCAAAUCAAACAACCUUUAACGUGCCAGUACAAAGAUUUUUUUUAUUCUUAUUUUUCUUGUGAUAAAUUUGCGAAGCGAUCAAUUUACGAUGAUGGCAAAGCACAUAAUAUUAACAAAUGCGCUCCAUUUCAACUAGUUAAUAGCAGUUCGCCAGCUGUUUUUCUGCUGUACGAUGUCAAUUCGGUGGAAGGAUUCAAUUUACGGCGUGACGUUUACAUUCGUAUGGCUGUUUUUCUAAAAUCACUGCGACAUCGUCGACAUUACGAAAAUUCAUUUUUAGUUUUACCACCAUUUUAUCAAUUAUAUCAUUGGAAUUUAGCAUCAACAUUUCGAUAUCGCAGCAAAAAUGAUAUCAACGAUGAUGACAUUUUAUUUUGGAAUCAUUUCUUUGAUCUCGAAAGUAUGAAACGAUACACGGCUGUCAUUGAUAUAUGGGAAUAUUUUGAGAUUUUACGCGAUUGCUUCGGAUACAAAUCAAAUGAAAUUAUAAGCAUAAAUAAUGCAUUCCGAUUGAAACAUUUUGAAAGUAUGUUUUUAAGCGGCAGAUUCGAAGAGAAAUUCGACAUACAAAGAAACUGUGAUCAACAUUUUUUUGUAAAUGGUGGCGCACAAUUUCUCAGUCUAUACAACAAUUUCACCGUACGGAAUGGGCAAUGUGUCGAAUUUCAAGGGUCAGCUGGACUUCUAUAUGAUCUUUUUGAAAAGUUUCCGAAACGUUCGGACGCUAAAAUUCAUUCCAUUGCAAUAUUCAAUUCGGAAACGGUUCUUCAUGACCAUUGGGGCGGCUCGGAAUAUUGGAGGGCAAGACGAUCAAUGCGUUUUAAUUCAUAUUUAGUUCAAGUUGCAAAUGAAUUUAGAAAUGAUAUAUUUAACUCAACCGACGAGUUUGAUGGCACCGAAAGGCCGUUCGAUUGGCAAAAUGAAAGAGAGCAUCGCAAUGCCAAAGGUGGCAAAUAUAUAUGUGGGCAUUUAAGACGAGCUGAUUUUGUUCAGGGUCGUGAAGAAACAACUCCAUCAUUACGUUCGGCCGCCACUCAAAUAUUAGUCAAAUUAAAAGAGUUGCAAAUAAAAAAUAUGUUUGUGUCGAGUGAUUGUACGGGUCAAGAAUUUCGCAGCUUUAAGUCAUAUUUAAGUAGAUAUAGUGUACACAGAUUCACGCCAUCGUCUGCUGAGGAACGUAGACGACUAAAACCGGGGGGAAUAGCAAUUGUUGAUCAAGCAAUUUGCUCGAAUGCAAGGUAUUUCAUCGGUAGUUACGAGAGCACAUUCACUUAUCGCAUCUAUGAAGAGCGUGAAAUUAUGGGUUUUCCACAAGAAACCACUUUCAAUACAUUCUGCAAAACACCAUAUGAAACGGACAAAUGUGCACGGAACUCUCAUUGGCCAAUAGUCUAUUAAACAUGACACGUUUUUGCGAAUCUCAGAUAUCGAAUGAAAAAUACACACUCACCCACACCAAGUUUAAUGUCAUAAUUAGUUAACAAACCAAAAAUUACUUACUAGAAUAAUAGAAUUAGAAAAGAAGAUGUUGCUUUUUUGUUUUGGAUAUAUACCAACAUAGUUGUAAACCCAAAGAGCCUAACUAGAUAUGUAAAAUAUAGUUGUUGAAAUUUGUAGUAUAAAAUCAUGGAUUUAA